AUGUCUAGCUGUGAAGUCCAAAAGAUGUCUCAGGCGUGUGUUGAGAUGAAAAUGAACCCUCCACCUCAGCAAGUUGCUCAGCCACCUGCCUACCAGACUGCUCCUGGCACGAAGGACUCUCAGGCCAUCUAUCAGAAUGAGAAGGAGCAGGCUUCGGACGGAGUUCAUGUCCAGGACGAAGCAGAUGACACAUUGAUGAAAGAUCUCCGGUCUAUGCUUUGCAAGGUUCUGUGCAUCUCCUCCAGUCGUAACAAGGAAGGGGGUAACGCUCGCCCCGAGAAGCUCAGCAAGACCAUCAAGCGAGUGAAGCGGGACGCAAAGAAGGCUCGCAAGGAUGCUCGAAAAGCAGAGAAGCUGACGCGAAAAUCCGUGGCCAAGACCAAUCGAAUGAAUGCAAAGGUCAACGCCGCGCGCAAGAUUCUAGACGAGGCCCGAAAUGCAAAUACCAAGGCAAAGAACUCUGUCUCCACUGCGCAGGAUCAUCGUGAGGCUCUGGUCAAGUCUGUCAGGCACCUCGACAAGAUGUCCAAGCAGCAGCUCGAGGACUCCAGGCUUACCUUGGCCAAGGCAAAAGCUGCGAAGAAGAGGGCUGAUAACAGUAUCCCUUAG